AAUGAAUAAAAAGAAUACUAAGCGUAAAUAACACAACAAAAUAGAGAGGAAUGAUGAUUAUAGUGGCAUCUUUGAAGAAAUCUAAACCGAUUUGCCGAUUAUUAAAAAAAAGUCAAAAGAGCAAUUACAAACAAACUAAAUUCAGUUUGAGUCCAUUCGCAAUCAAGAAUAGGCUAAUCUCAUUCGAUGCCCAAUAGAAUCCAUCAAUAUUGAAUAGGUUGAUUAUUCCCACUAAUAUUUUAGAUUCUAUAGGACAUUUUGUAUGAGUCUUCCAAAGAAUCCCAAUACUCUAAAACUCUUAAGCAAAUCCUUCUGAUGGGGCAGCGAGAAUUGAAAGACAAACAAAAAUAUUACUAAUUUAAAUGGCAAUCAUUAGGACACUCAAACAUUAGUCGUUAGGAGUAUCAAAGAUAAGAGUAAAUGCUAAAAGAACAACAAUCUAAGGACAUUGCUGAAAUUCAAAAUAAUGUUAUUGCUGAAUUAGGAAGAAAGCGGGUGAAAGGAUUUUAAUAAAGAGAAGAUAUCUUGGAUGAAUUUCGAAUAAAUUUUAUGAAGAAAAGACAUCUCACACCUGAUGGACCUGUGAUGGAGGAAUUCUAAUUUUAUGUAGAUCCAGAAGAGGCUAAUCGAUUGAAGAAAGAUCAAAUAUAAUUGCUGGAAAAAUUGAUGGAAGAGUCUCAUCUGAUUCCUGAAAAUCACCCCCUUGAAAUAAAGAGAUACUUUAGUCAGCCAGAAAAUACUGGACAUCAACAACGAUAUCUACAACGAACUUAAAGCAGUUAUAUAUAAAAGUAUUGUCCAACUAUUUAUUGUAGUAAUAAUGAAUAACAUUAGAGUGAUGUUUAAAGAUUACAAAUAUUCCCAAAAUUGUAGAUUGACAAAAUCAUUAAGGAUAAAAUGGAGAAUAUGACACCUAAAAAAAUUGAAGUAAAUGUUUCUAAAAUAACCCAAGCUUGAAGGAACUGCUCAAACUUGAUGAGUAAGAUAUUCAAGUCAUUCCCAGAAAUGUUAGAGUCAUGCUUUUGGAUUCCAAAUCUGAUGAGUUAUACACAGACAAGGAUUUCUAAUUAGACUAAGCUGAAAGAUACAUAGAAGUGUUCAAUUAAUUGAAGGUAUUAUUAUGUUGUGUUACAUUUUUAUAGAACCAAAAUUUUUAUGAAUUGGAUUUAGAAAAGAUGUUGGAACUUACAAUUUAUAUUGUGAAUAAUACUCAUUAUCAACAAAAGUUUAAGUUGUCUGAAGAUAGAAAAUAAGUCACACCCAGAGAAUUGUUGAAUUAUAUUGACAAAUUAUAUAGAUAAUGA